UGCCCGCACACGACAUCGAUCUGCAGCUCCGCUCUUCCAGAGAUUCGCCGCCGAUCGUGUUACCAAAGCUUCGUCCCUUUGCGCCGCCCCGAUGAGUCGUCGCCGCCUUUCUCUCUUUGGCCUUUCCUCUAACAUCCCCACCCUUUGGCAAUCUGCUCACACCCCCUCUUUCUCUUAUCGUGUCAAGCAGAUUAGUGUGUCGAUACUAAAGGAGGAGAAGCGGAGCGACUGGUGGGAGGCGUACGCAGAGCUUGUCUUCUGCUUGCUGGAAGUAGAGUUCUGCUGGUCUGAGCCGGCGCCGUAUGGAGAGGGUCCAGAACUUCCAGACGACGAAGUGGAGCUGCUGAUUGUACAAGCCUGGAGAAUAGCAACAGAGGGGGAUCUAUUGGGGAUACUGUUCGGAAAGGUGGAUGUCGCAAAUAACGCUCUAAUUACGAGUGAACUGCUGGAGUUUCUGACGCAGCUGGUGGACGACCUGCCCGUCGAUAUCUUAUCGUGUGUGCCGAUACUGAACGAGGAAAAGUGGAGCGACUGGUGGGAGGCGUACACAGAGCUUGUCUUCAGCUUGUUGGAAGUAGAGUUCCGCUGGUCUGAGCCGGCGCCGUAUGGAGAGGGUCCAAAACUUCCAGACGACGAAGUGGAACUGCUGAUUGUACAGGCCUGGAGAACGGCGAAGGAGAAGGAUCUAUUGGGAAUACUGUUCGGAAAGGUGGAUGACGGAAAUCUUGCUCUAAUUACGAGCGAAAUGCUGGAGUUUCUAACGCAGCUGGUGGACGACCUGCCCCUGGAUGUCUUAUCGCGGUGUGACAAUCAGUCGGGCACCCACGUGCUUUCCCGAACACUCGAGCCACGCCUGUUGUGGUCCACGUGUUCUGAGUUGGACGGUGAUAACUGUGUCUAUCCAUCCCAGGCUCUUUUUCUGGAGAUCGACGUCACCGAUCUCACUGUGUGGGACCCCAUCAUCAGGAAAGCAAAUGCUCGGCAAGAGGAACACGAAGGCGAGGAGGAAUGCAAAGAAGAAGAAGUAGAAGAAAAAGAAGAAGAAGAAGAAAAAAAAAAAGACGAAGAAUCGAGCAGAGAUAGUGACGAUCCUGAUUACAUUCAGGAAGAAAAAGAAGACGAGGAAGAAGAGGAGCCAGCAGAAGAAGAAGAGAUGGUCGGUGGGCCGAGUCAGGAGCCCGAACGAAGCAAGGAAGAAGAAGGGGCUAGAGCGCGAAAACGGUUGGAAAAGGUGGAGGGAAAACGGCCGGUUGAGGAAUGGUCCCCCCCGGAUCUAUUGUUGGGAAACCCGUGGCUCGAUCUGGAGCCCCCGAAGGAAGACAAAGCAAACGAUGGAACCGCAGCGGAGGAAUUGGGAAGAUGUUGACGAAGGAGCGAAUCGCCGACUUCGUCUGGUUCCUCUGCCCGACCUGCCCUUCGC